AUACCUACUUCUGCUGUACUAUGCGAGUGCUCAUGGUGACGUACAAACUUUGCAUUUGGCCUGCUCUGAUUUGAACACCCUCAUUCUAUCUGAUGAAAGAAACUCUCUUCUGAGCUGAUUUGGGAGGCUCUCUUCUUUUAGUGCAUCAGAUGCCAAUCUGGAACAAGAAAGCCCUCUGCAUUGGGGAUAUGAAUAUUGACUGAGCGCUGAGCAGUCCAGUUAUUGAUUCAAAGCAUAGCCUCGGUCUCUCUCCCUUUCCCUCCCUGGAGCAGCUGCAUCUUUCUGGUUCAUUGCAUUUAAUCUGAUUCCCUGAGCUGUGUGGAAUACCGAGAAUUAGAUCCCCAAAUCCGUCUCACAGCAAUGUUCACUUCAAAAUCUAACUCUGUCUCUCCUUCUCCCUCAAUGGACCCUGCGGAUUCAGAUGCCUUGGAUAUCAGCACCAAAGUACAGUUGUACGGUGUGCUCUGGAAGAGACCUUUUGGAAGGCCUUCGGCCAAAUGGUCCAAAAGGUUCUUCAUAAUCAAGGAGAGCUUUCUACUUUACUAUGCUGAAAAUGAAAAAAAGAAUUUUGAAAACCAUCGUUACUUUAAUAUCCACCCUAAGGGUGUCAUCCCUCUUGGAGGCUGUACUGUAGAAGCCAAGGAUGAGCCUAGCAUGCCUUACGCCAUGAAAAUCUCCCACGAAGAUUUCCAUGGAAACAUUGUCCUAGCAGCAGAAUCAAAGUAUGAGCAGGCCCAAUGGUUAGAGUUGCUACAGGAAUCUGGAAAAGUCACCUGGAGAAAUGCUCAGUUGGGAGAAGCCAUGAUCGAGAGCCUGGAAGCUCAGGGACUCCAGCUGGCCAAGGAGAAACAGGAAUAUUUAGAUAAAUUGAUGGAAGAGACAGAGGAGCUCUGUCUGCAAAGGGAGCAAAAAGAGGCUCUGGAACGUCUCAACCAAGUCUUGGAAGCAGAGAAGCAGCAAUUUGAGGAAGUGGUGCAAGAUUUGCGGGUGGAACAAGACCAGAUUAAACGAGAGCUGGAAAUGACAGCCCAGUCCCUCAAAGGAGUGGAGGAGGAAAAGACAGGGCUUCGAAAUCUGACAGAGACAUUGCAGAAGACACUGGAAGAACUCUCCCUGGAAAAACAGCGGACUCUUGAAAUGCUGGAAGAGAAGGAAAAUCAGCUGCAGCCUAUGGCCAGCCCUAGUGAGCAACCUGAUGCUAUGGGUUGUCUGCAGAACAGCUUACACCAAAUUGAAGAAAAAAUGCACCAGUUGCUGGAAGAGAAGCUCUUGGCAGAGAAAAGAAUGAAAGAGAAUGAAGAGCGUUCCCGAGCCCUGGAGGAAGAGCGGGAAUUUUAUUCUUCUCAGUCACGAGCCUUGCAGAAUUCACUCUCAGAGCUGACAGCUGAGAAGCAGAAGACUGAGAGAGACCUCAAGGCAGAGGUAAAGGUGCGGAUGGACCUAGAGAAACGCUUGCAGGAAGCUGAGGAAGCCCUCCAGAGUCUGGAGCAAGGCCUGAAUUGUAAGCACCGGAACAAAGAAAAGGAGGAAAAAAUGAAAGCAGAUGUCAGCAAUCUCAAAAAAUUCUUUGAGGAGUGCAUCCGCAAUGCCGAGUUGGAAGCCAAGAUGCCCGUCAUUAUGAAAAACUCUGUAUAUCUCCACAAGGCUGCCACCCGCAGGAUAAAAAGCUGCCGAUUUCACCGCAGGAGAUCCAGCAAUUCAUGGAAUGACUUGCGCCAAUCACAAUCAUUCAUGUACUCAGAGGCGGAAAAUAUUGAAGAUCUGAAGCUAGCUGCCAAAAAGUUGAGUGAGGACCAGCACUUCCGGGAAACCAUCUAUAAAAUCAUGAUUUCACGUCAAGAUUCCUCCUUGGGCAACAAAAAGUGAACCUUUCCUUCUCUUGUUCACAUGGAGAAUCUAAACUCAGCUUGCAAUCGUUCCACUCUGUAAAGGCCAAAUGACUGUCUAUGCUUGGAAGCAGAGGUGCACCCUUUCUGUGUAGCAAGCAGUGAAUGAAUCAUUUCUCACCGGGGAGGGUUGUGGUUCAGUUACUAUUUCCAAGUGAAGAUGAGCUGUUUCUCCUGGCACAUGUGGUUGCACUACCAUCACAUCAGCUAAUUCUAUUCCCAUUUAGAUCUGCUUUGGCAAGAUUAUUGAAGGUUAAGGUGAAUGUGAGCCAUUUAGUUGGCUGAGAUCACCCUUCCCCAACUCAGUACUCUCCGGAUGUGUUGAAUAACAAUUCCCAUCAUCCACAAAGAGAAGAGAUCAGAUUGAGAGAGAGGCUGAUUUAAGAAAAUGCCCAACUUCUUCUUUUAGAACAGAUGCAGAUAUAGAUGCUACUGGUAAUUAAUAAUUUUCUAAGGCAGAUAACAAACUAUACAAAAUGCAAGCUAUAUUCUUAUGCUUCUUUCAUCUGUACAUUAAAUAGACUGCUAUUCAGGUGACUAUUUGAAGAAUAGCUAGCUGUAUAAAUCUGAGUUUGGUUUCAAAAUCCAUAUACAUGUCACAAAUAUGUGCAAUGAAUGUAUUACUAUUUUAUAUUCCCUAUUUUCUCUAAGUGGUAACAACACUCUUUCAAAAAGCCAAUUUCUCAUGGAAGAUUUAUGGCUUAUUAAUUGUGUUUGCUAAGAAAUAUGCAAACUGAGCAGAGUAGGAGGGAGCACAUUAAGAUAGUGCUACAUGUGAGAGGUUUCUUUUUUUAAAAAACAACAGUAUGCAUUUCACAGUUGCCAGAUGAAACAUAGGAUAGAGAAACUGUUCCUUUAAUGGUUGUGUAGAAGAGGGAAUUUGGCAGAGAUAAACAAUUAUUAGACGGAUAGGAGCCCCUUCCCUCACUGCAUCUAACAAUCCUAAUGCUCUUGGAGUUUUGCCCAAGGCUCUGUCUUUGCCCAAGGCAAAACCUUCAUGGUUUAUUAACUACCUACAUUUGAGUACUUCUUUUUAUUGCCUUCACAACACUUCCCCUUACUGAAAAGUUACACCCAAUACUGGCAGGUCCUUCAAAGCAUUUGGGGGAUGCAACUAUUCAUUAACCAACUUAUCCAAAAAUUGAGGUCAAGGACUGGGAACACAGCAAAAGAAAAGAAUAAAGAGAAGAACCUUCCCCCUUUUCCUUUAUACAUGCAGCCAUUUUCUCCAAAAGCAUGGCUUAACUCCAAAACCAGGUGCAUGCUUUUUACUUGCCUCAUUUCACAACCAAUGCUUGUUUAAAUUAAGGUGGGCUUUCUUUUGCCAUCAACCAGUCUGAGUACUGGGAUAAGAUCAGCAAAUACCACCCCGAUGGCAAUGUGUUCCCUGACUCUCAGAAGUUAUCCAGCCCUGGAUUUGGUGUGUGAUCCUCUCUUCACUCAAUGCAGAUAGGUGUCAUUUCUUAACAAGGCCUUGCCCUUUGACUGACCUACUCCCCAAGCAAUAUAGCAAACUAAUAAUGAUGAUAUCUAGCUAAACUGUUCUAUGUCUUUCCUGCCUUUACUGUUUUAAGGGACAUAUUCAGAAGAACCAGAACAGAGACAUAAAGUUGCAGGCCUGGAUGUGAUCAAAUUCAAAUAAGUAUUGUAUUACAGUAAUGCUAAAUACCCUAAAGGUGCCACAUUUGUGUCUGAUCUUGGAAGUUAAGCAGGGUCAUCUCUGGCUAGUGUGUGGAUGAGAGGCUACCAAUGAAUGCCAGGAGCUGAAGACUACAUUUCAGAAGAAGGAACAGCAAAACCACUUCUGAGUGUUUUCACCCAAGAAAACCAUAUGAAAUCCAUAUAUCACCAUAUGUUGAUUAGCAGUGUGUGCUGACUGCCUGUGGUCCCUUAAACUUUGAAUAUAUUAUUGUUCAGGAAACACAAUAGCUUUGAAAAGCUCCCUUAGAUAUGUACUCUUCAAGGCCUUUUUGUAGAUUAGUGCAGCAUAAUGGUCAGUGGCAAAUUGCACAGCUGCUGAUCUCAAUUUAAUUUUGCACUCAUAUUAUUGAUAUCAGUGGUUAGAAACAAAAAUUAUUCUGGAACAGUUUACCUGUCCGAAUGUAUCUCCCUUUAUGAACCAGUUUGAGCAUGAAGAUCUGCCGGGGAGGUCCAGCUCUUAGUCCCACCGCCUUCACAGGUGCAACUGGUGGGGACAGGGCCUUCUCGAUGGUGACCUCUCAGUUGUGGUACUCCAUCCCCUGUGAGAUCAGAUUGGUCUCCUCCCUCCUGGUAUUUAGGAAAAUAGGUAAUAUAUAAUAGUUACGUAAACAGGUGUUUGGCAGUGACAGGAUUGCAGUAUAACAUUCCAUCAAAGUACAAAUAUAAAUGAAGCAGCUGAAUGCUGACUAUGGGAUUGGUGCAAUGUUCAAGAUAUUUUAUGAUGCUUUAUUAUGUUUUAAUGGUUUUAUUCAUAUUUAUAUGUUUAUUGAUGUUUAGUUAAUUAUGUUAAGUAUUUUUAAUGUAUUAUGCAGUAUUCAAUUUUGCCUAACUGUAAGCCACUCUGAGUCCCCCUCAGGGUGAGAUAGAGUAGGAUAGAAAUAAAGUAAAUAAAUAAAUAAUACAUAAAAUAGACCAUCACAAUACAAUUGUGCAGAUAGUCAACAGGAUGAGGAACUUCAGUAACGGAAUAAUAAUAAUAAUAAACUUUAUUUAUACCCCACCACCAUCUCCCCAAUGGGGACUUGGAGUGGCUAACAUGAUGCCAAGCCCUUUUAAAAAUACAAUACA